AUGAUGACUGUUAGAUAUUCUGGAGUCUAAACAACUCUAACCUGUCAGUUCAUAGAACCUUCAACCACCACAAUCAAAUCAUGUGCGAGUAUGUCAUCACAGAUAAUCAAAGUUACCCUGAAUAAUGGAUUGAGUGAUGCGUUUUAACUAAAUGUUGUAAGUGCGAUCACAAAUCCCCCCAGUACUUCGAAAACAGCUACAAUGAUCUUUUAAACUUUUGAGGCAACUUCAAAUGCUUAAUAAGAUAUUUAAUCAUCAAACAUUCCGAUUUAGGCUACUCCAGGAAAAUUCUCAUCAAUAUCAUAUGCUUCUCAAAUCACCUAAGUUGUUGGCGAGAGUGAUAGAAUAAAAAUUACAUUUAAAACUCUUAAUCCUAUUCUAUAAAAUGGUGCUAUACAGCUCGUUUUCCCUUAUUGGUUUAACAUUACUUCUGAUAAUGUAUUCCUAAGUAUGAUUGAUUCAAGUGUCCUCAGCUGUCUAAACAAUAAUAAUCUAGCAACUGCUUGUAGUUUUAGCUCAUCCUAAUAAACUGUAACUUUUACUGGGCUAUUUGCAUCUGGUCAGCUUGCAGCCGGUUCUACUUACUCUGUGACUGUAAAUGGUGUUAAGAAUCCUUUAAAUACUCUCUCAAGACCUCAAAUUACAGUUCAGACUACUGAUUCUGUCUUUGGAGUUAUAGACACAGAUGUUAUUACUUUAGUUGCCAAUUCUGCAUCAGUAAUAGUAAGUUCAAGCAUCCAAGCUGAGUAAAAGAUAGUCCAAGAAAAGUCAAAUUACACCAUACAAUUCACAGUUCAAGUGCCUAUGUAUGCAGGAUGUCUUUUAGUUAUCUAGCUACCUUGGCCCGAUUAUGAUUUAAAUGUGGACACAAUCGAUGCAAUCCAAGGUUAUGGUUCUUUUAAAGCUGCGAGAUAUCUUAAUUUCAAUAUAAACUCAAGACUAAAUCAAAUAACAAUAACAGAUGCUUGUAAAUUUUAUGUACUUCCAAAUAUUCCAUCAAACAUUAUUAUUGAGGGAAUUAAGAAUCCAUACACCACUAAAACGACAGAUGGAUUUUAGAUAUAGAUGCUAGAUUCUGUUAACAGCUAAAUUGCUCUAGUGUCAUAAGCUAAUGGUCCUAAGUUUACUGCUUGGAAUGGAUCUCUUCCUUUGGUCACUCUGACUGCAGACACUUACUUAGUGAAUUCAAAGACUACAGCAAAUCUUGUCUUUCAAACUGGUCAUUACUCAAACGCCCUAGUUGAUUUACUGAUAAAAUUAGAAGACUCAAGGUUCUCCUUUUAAGAUGUUCAACUAAUCAGUUCAAAUAUUGAGAACUAUUAGUUUGGAUAGUUAUUUUCUAACGGCUCAACUAUCGUAAUUAAAGAAUUCUAGCCUAAUUUCAUACCUAACACUUAGUACAACAUCAGAUUUAAGAAUCUAAAACUAGCUGAUUCAGUUUAAACUAUGGGGCCACUAACCAUCUAAGUAUUCUAAAAAUCUUCAGGGUUCACUUAGUAUUAUCUCAUUGAUAAUAGCUCUUAUUCAGGUCUACUAAAAACUCAAGCUGGGUAGUUCUUUAAAGCCAACAUCUUGCCUGAGAACACUAGAGCUUCAGAAACUGCAAUAUACUAAUUCAAGCUAAUGACGUAGAGCGAUAUACCAGUAGGAGCUUAUUUAGAAAUUAUCCUUCCUAAAGAAAUACAUGGUAGUUCCACUUCGAAAUGCUUGUAUUAAAACUUAGAAUUUGCUUGCAAAUAUUUCUCAGGAAACAAAACUUUUAGACUUGAAGGCAUUUUUCAGUCAAAAUUCUUUCCAAAUAGCACUGACCUAGAAUUCAAAAUAACUGAUAUUAUUAGCCCAAGAUCCCUUAAAACAAGUUCAAUAUUCAACUUCACAACAUACAUAUCAAGCGGAGGAAUGAUAGACACUUAUUUUGAUGUUAGUUCAACUGUAUCAAUGACAUUACCUUCAUUAAUUGUUAGUGCUUCAAUCACUUCUUUGUCUUCAUAUAGAGUAGGUGAUAAGGGAACUAGCAUCACAUUUGGAAUACAGACUGUUUCAGAAUUAAUAACUGGAGAUAUUAUUAGAGUUGAGUUACCAAGCCAAGUUUAAAUAGAUUUAACAUUACUUAGAUGCUCUAGUACUAAGCAAAAAAGUGCAUUAAGUUGCAAUAUAGAUAAUCAAGGUGCCAUUGCUGUUCAUAUGAGUUUCUUAGGAGACUUACUCCCAGCCAAAUAAAUAUUUGAUUUAAAAAUUACUGGGUUUACUAAUCCUGGGAAUGGGAGGUUGACAGAUACCUUUGGGAUAAAAAUCUAUGACACAGAUUAUUUCUCUAUAGCAGUACUUGAAAGUCCUGCUUUAUAUAUACAGAUGACACUUCCAUAUAUUCUUACUAGCUCUUAUUCUAUCAAUAAUGACAAUAAAAUUCCUGGAAUAACGACUUCUUUAGAAUUAAACUUUACAAAUCAACAUGUGAUACCUGUGGGAAGUUAUUUUAUUUUGCAUUAUCCUACUUAGGUUCUAUUAAAUACUUAAUAGAUUAUAGUAAGUUCUCCAAACAGUCCUUUUAGUUCAGAACUUACUGUAAAUACUACUGCAAAAACCAUUACUAUAAAAGGACUCAUUGGAACAGCUGUGCUUUAAAACACUCUAUUCAGAUUAAAUAUUCAAGGUUUUAAGAAUUCCAACUCAUCAGCAGCAACAAAUAGCUUUAUGCUAGAGUAUUUUACUCCUGAGGGAUAUCCUAUCGAAAUAAUUUAAUCAGGUCUAACAUUGAAGACAAAGUGCAAUUGGCCUUGCAGGGAUUGUAAUAUUAUAAAUGGAGGCCCUACUACAUGCACAGCAUGCAAUCCAAAGGAUAUCACAUCAUUGUACAUGCUCCAAGACUCAACUUGCAUUUCAAAUUGCUCAACUAGUUAUUAUUUCUCAGGAUCAGACUCUUAGGGUUUAUGCCUAAAAUGCAAUUCUACUUGCUUAACUUGCAAUUAAUCAGCUUCAGAAUGUACAUCUUGUAAUACAAAAUCUAAUUAUCCAUUUCUCUCUUCUAAAGAAUGUGUUACUGCUUGUCCAACAGGCUAAAUUACUGAUAAAUCAUAAGGGAGGUGUAUACCUUGUACACCUCCAUGCAAAAACUGCUCUGUGUCUCCAACAACUUGUACAACUUGUGAAAACAACUUUUAUUAGCUUAGUUCUUAAUGUCUUAGUUCAUGUCCAACAAAUGGUUUAUACAUUUAGCAAAGAUCCAAUUGGACUUGUUAAACAUGUGAUCCAAAUUGUGCUACAUGUUUAGGGAAUAGGACUACUUGUAAUUCAUGUAGAUCCCCAUUGAAAUUAAAUAUGAUUGACAGAACAUGCAUUGAUGCAUGCCCAUUCGGUUCCACUUUGGAGCUAACGAAAGGAAUUUGUAGCGCUUGUGAUCAGACUUGCAGAACUUGCUCAGUAAAAACUAACUAAUGCACUUCAUGUAACCAGAAUUAAGUUGUAUAUAACGGCUAAUGUGUAAAUGUUUGUCCUAAAGGCUCUACUCUAAACGGUGAUUAAUGUUUGGUUUGUAGUCCUGAAUGCACAGAAUGUAGAGAUGGAGAUCCUAAUCUAUGUACUUCAUGUAAAUCAGGAUAUCUCAGCUUCUUAUUUAGUAAAUGCUUGUCAUAAUGCCCUAAUGGAUAUGUAUCAAGGAAUGGCUAUUGUAUUGACCCUUCAUUUAGAUGUGAAUAUGGAUAUGAUGUGAGUGAAAAUGGAACUGUGUGUAUUUUAACAGCCUAUGCAUGCAAUCCGGGAUCCAAGUUUAAUUCAUAUCUUAAAACUUGCAUUCCAGUUGCAGGUGCGUUUGCUCCAUUUCCUUUCCUUCUACUACUAAUGCUUGUGACUUCUGCUUUUCUUAUUGCACUAAGAUAUAAAGAUAAAGUUCUUGAAACUAAUGUCAUUUAGUCGAUUAUUUGUAUUUGGUGUUUUAUUGAACCAGUGCUAUUUCUUAUAUAAUUUGCUCUUGCUUGUGCAUUUUAACAUGUUGGAGUGCUAGUGCUAACAUUGUUCGCAAUUCUAUUUCAUUAUCCACUCAACUUCUAUAUCAUUAAAAUUGUUAUAAAAAGAAGGCAUAGUAAGGAUUCUGUAAUAGGCCAUUGGAAAUCAGAAUAUCCAGAUCAUUACAGGCUAAUAAUGUAAUUCUCAUUGUACCAUAAUCAUAAGCUGCUUAGGGCACUUACAUGCUCUGCUUUUGAUAAAUCAUAUUUCAAAGCAUCUUUUGACGAUAUGAAUAUGAACCAUCUAAAGCCCUUAUUGAGAUCAACAAUAAUAAAUUCAUUGACAAGCUAUCUGCUUAUCAUAGUUGCCGAUAUUACAUGCUUUGCAACAAUGGAAUGGCCGUACUAGCUUUUGAUAACUUGUAUUGAAUCAUUCAUAUUUGUCAUUGUGAUGAUUAUCCUUCAAAUUAUUGAUUACUUCUAGAUGAGAAAUAUCUACUUGAAGCAAGGAAAGUAUUAUAAGGUCAAUGCUAAGUCUAUUGAUAUGGGAAAUGUCUCUUCAAACUUAGAUGAGAGACUAGAUGGAGCAGGCAAUGCUUCUAUCAGACUUAAAAAAGCAACUGAAAGAAGAGCACUCUUAGAAAAAAUAAAUGAAGAUUUAGAUAAGAAGGCAUAAUUCGAUAAAAACUAUGACGAAUUUGAUUACUACAUCAUAUCUGGACCAAAUAUUCCUAUCGAUGUAAUUGAUGAAGAAACCUUAAGGCCACUUGAAUAAGAAUAGAAAAUUAUAUCAAGAAAUAUACCAAUGAUUGAUCAGGAUGUGAGUGGCCAUAGAUCUACAGAGCAUCAUUUGGCAGAGAAUAGAUAAAAUAUGAUUCAUUAAGAGAGUUUUGAAGAAGAGAUUUAUGAUAAAUGUAUUUCAGAAAGAAAUGAGGACUAGUAUGGAGAUUAUGAUAGACUUGAUCAAGCACGACAGCUAUUCUAUGACCUAAAUAGGGAAUUAGUUUUCCAAAGAAUCGAAAGAGAAAAGCUACGAUAAAUUAUGGAGUAUAAUGCCAAUAUGAGUAUUCUGGAAAAGAAAUAAUUUUUACUUAACAAGCCUUUAUUUGAGCUUUAGGAUGUUCAAGGGCAAUUUUAGAGAGAUGAGGAUAAUAACUAUGUAAUAAUCAAAGACCUUGAAGGAAAUCUCAUGGAUAUGUAAAGCAGACUAGUCAAUAGAAAGGGUUACUUAAUUGAUAUUCAUGGGAAUAUCAUUACUAGACACUUUGAAUUAGUUUUAGAAAAAAUAUACCUAAACUCUCAUGACGAAAUCCCAAUUAAAAUUUUCAAGUAGUUGUUCAUGCCGAAAGGGGCUUGUGAUUCUGAUGAUAGCCCAGUCUCAAAAGCAAUUGGUACAAGUGGACAUCUUUCAAUGCAUGAUGAGUAUGUAGGUUCAUCAUCUCUUGGAAGGUCAAAUAAAAAGAGUAGAAAAUCCUUGAAAUCAAUAGGUAUGGAUCCUAAGUCAUCUCAGAGAACUUUGACAGGUGAAGAAGGCGAUGAAUUUUAGUUAAAUGUCAAAAAAAAGAGUAAGUCUACUAAAAGGGCAACAUCAACAAAGAGACAGAUUUCUUCUAAAAAGAAUUCAACUGGAGCUAGAUAUAUGAGUUAAAAAGGCUCAAAUCUUGAUUUGAGAUCUAGUGGAUCAGUUUCUACAAAGAAAGCAUCUAUGGGAAUAAGGUAGUCAUCUUCUGUCCAGAGAAACACCCAAAGGAAUGUUGCCUCUAGAGUAGCAGAGACAAGAAAAUCCAAUAGAACUUCAAUAAGUACUAGUAAUUCCCCUCCAACAAGACUCAGGAAUGUAAAGGAGAAGGAAAGCGGCACAAUAACCUUGAAGAAAUUCACAGUCGAAUCAGCAAGAAAAGUUAGAAAACCCAGGCAGAGGUCUAUUGAAGAUUCAAUUAGCGAUACAGUUAGUGGAACUAGCAAGGCAGUCCGACCACGCAUUCCUGUUUAUAAUUAAAGACUCAAAACUAGGGAAUCUAGCGUCAAGACUGUCAAGCAGAAUCGAAUCUCCCAGAACUCAAUAUACUUUGAGAGAGACAUCUUCAAUAUCAUCGAAUUACCAGCUGAAAGAGAACGAGUAGCUACUCAAGAAGAUCAUAAGAGAAAAUCAACCUAGAGAUAGAGACCUAUUUAGACUCAACAAGGGAAAAGGCCCGGGAAUAAAGAUUAAGGAUUGUAUCCUUUCAACUUAAUAGAUUUAAAAGAUGAUAGAAGGAACAGACCUCAGAAUUUUGAAUUUGAUCCAAUAGAAAAGCAGCUUAAUUUGCUCUUAGAUAAUGAAAAGGUUCAACUUGAAGAAAUCAAGAGCAAAUAGACUCAGAAUACAAUUUAGAAAUUCGCUAACAUUAGCAGCUAUGUGAUCUAGAAUCAAUAGCAAGCUAGUCAAAUACACUAAAAUAGCAUUAAUUCUAGUUAUGACAGGAAAGACUAUGACAGAGGUUUCGGUAAAAAUGCGUUUAACACAUCUGGAAGACUUAUCAUGAAUAACGUAAGCGGCACUCUAGAUAACAGAGCUGGAAAUGGUUCUGAUUUAAAUUAAAACCUCAGAGAAAUGAAGCAGUAAUUCUAUCCUAACAUUGCAGCACCGUCAACAGUCAGCGUCCAAAGUAUACAUAUAAUGAAUAGACCGAGAAAUAGGUAUGAUGAAUUUGUAGAUGAAAAAAUUGUAGCUUCACAUAAACCACCUGCUCCUAAACAUAAAAAGGUUAUUUUGAAGUAUGCACCUCCAUAAAACAAACAAGAAAACAUUAAAAAUAUAAGAGACAUUUACUCAUAGAAUGUCAGAUAGAUGACUAAUGUCGGUGUUUAGCCUAAAUCUAUGUUAAGAGGAAUCAAUAAAUACGACUCGUUUGUAAAUGAUAGCGUAUUGAGCAGAGGCAGAGUUCCUCAUGAUGAUAUUACAACUUAUGAUGACCCUUAUAAACAAUUGACUAAGAUAUUCAGCAAUUAAAAUUGA